GCAUUUGUCCUGAGAUUUUUUCAUAAAAAUUCAAUUUGAACGCAUUUCAGACUUUUAAGAAUUUUUUUAAAAUCUGAUAAAUAUGCAAGCCGCAAGAGUUUGGAAUUCAGUCGUUCGUAAAACCAUUACAACAACAACUCGUAGAAAUUAUCAAAAGGGAACUUUUGAUCAUAUAAAAGUGUCAUUGAACCAAAUGCCUGUUCCAGAAGGAGACUUCAUGAUGCUUCAUCAUGCGAGAAACAGAAAAUACAAUACAGUUCUUGCAGCAGGAAUCCUUUCGGUUGGCUUUGGACUCUUCUUGUUACGAACAACUGGCAUCGUACAUUUCAACUUCUCUCCACCUGAAACCUACGAAUAAAUCAGAUGAAAUCAGUCAGAAAUUUCAAUUCUAGCGAACUCUUGAAACAACAAUUGGUGAUACUAAAUUUAAGUUUUUCCUUUAAACUUUCAAUUGGCUCUCUCAAAUUCUUAGUGUUAAUUUAACUUUUGAAAAAACUUCAUGCAAUAAAAAUGAAGAGAUGCACAACAAGCAAAUUAAU